AUCAUUGUCGAACAUCAUGAUCAACUACUUAUUUAUCUACAUUUAGUUCUUGUUGUUCUUCUACACUUAACCCCAUAGGCUAAGAGCAGCGGAUUUAAACGAGACAAGUGGGUGGGUGAAUUUCCAUGGAUUCAGAAGAUCUGCACUACCUUUCUGUAAUUGGAGAGACUGUGGAUGACUUCGACCCUAAGGAGGCCGUCGACGAUGAAAAAACCUUCUUCGCGUCUGGCGAUUUGGUGAUAGAGCAACUUCAUCCUCUUGAAGAAGGUAUUCCGAAGGUGGCGCAGGUUGUCCCUGAUUCAGAGGAAGAGGAUGAGCGCGCUGAGCCUUUGAGGGCUCUAGUGUCAAGCUUUGUGUUCAUAAGAAAGCAUACUUGUGACACCAUCUUAAAGACUAUGUUCCCGGGCUGGGAUACACCCAAUGUUUGUGUUGGUAUUGCCGGUUCCAUCCCGGAGAUUGAUAUGGUUGUGAAGACAGCACUAGAAAAGGGAAAAAUAAAAGCUUCCUCACAUGUCCUACCGGGUAACGCCAACUGCUCCGGAUUUGUGUACUUCCAUUCUCGAAAAGAUAAAGCUUUCAUCUCUGAUGUUCCACCCGGUCAUAAAAAAUGGAAAACACGGUUUGUCUUUAUUGAGUUUCCCGAGGGCGAGUACCCCUUUGAUGGCGAACUCCAAUGGGGAGACCGGCUCCCUGAGUCUGAAGAUGUUUACCCGGCCACCACUUCUGGUCUUGAGAAAGAUUGCGCGGCGUUAUUGAAGGGAGAUCCGACCACUGGGAAGGCUUUUAGCUUCGGGAAUUGGACACACCGGGUCCCUAGCCUGAAUGAGGGUACCCCUAGGUCCAAUGAAGCAGAGGCUGACCGGGUCGCAACCCCGGAGAGUAAUGCUGAGGCCGGGUCCCUUCAUCCAGAGAUCAACUUCAGAAGCUAUGCCGACCCUGAGGAUGAAGUAGAGGAUCUCGAGACCAGCUACGGCAACGUUACUUCUCCCCAGGUCGACCACAAUCACUCCACCGGGAUCAAUGAUCAGGUGAUACAUGACGUCCAAUCUGAGAAGAACCAAGGCCAUGAGUCACCCCUAGAUCAUGGCCCAAGCCAGGUGGAUGAUGUGGCUGAAGUGGCCGGUCAGAGCAAGAUUCCUACGGGCACCACCGAAAAGACUUCAACGGAGAAGAGGAAGAGGAGUUCCCACAAGAGCUCUAGAUCCCACCCUAAGAAGAGGAAGGGGGAUCCCCAAUGCAGUGAUCCCAAAUAUGCAGAGAUGUCCGCUGAGCAACUUCUCCUAGCCAUCGCCCAAAAAUUGCACGGGCAUGGUGAGUUCUCUGAGGCUUUCUCCAGACGAAUUCUUGGCACGGGCGAUGAUAAAUCCCAACGACUCCAAAGGAUGCUUGAUGCUGCCCAUGAAGAGAUCAAAGCACAUGUCACCAAUGCCAAUCAGGUGAAGACCUACCUUGAGCAGGUGACCCUUGAGAAGAACAGAAUGAAGUUCUCGGUCAGGGAGAAGGAUGAGGAGAUCAACCGGCUUAAGGAGGAGAAUGGGCGACUGAAUGAUGCGCUGGUCAAGAGGGAAGAAGAAGUGAGGACCCUUGAAGCUGAUUCUCGUGCCAAAGACGAGAUGUUUCCUGCUAGGGCCGAGGAAUGGGCCGGCCAGCACUACGCUGAGGUUGCCCGGGCCGUGACCGCUACACCUGAGGGAACCAAGGACUUCUUUGAGGUUCUGUUCAAGGAGCCUGAGGGUAAAAAGAUGACCACUGAGAUUGGAUCCUAUGGCUUCAUGAUGGGGCACAAGGCGGAGAAGACUGGCAUGUACCGGCUUAUGCAGAAGAGGGAUCCUAAAUUCGAGCCUAGGGCAUGGAAGCUUCCCCCACUCCACAAAGAUGAACCAGUGCCCCCAUUCCCCCUUGAGUAGGGUUAGGCUAGAUUGGUACCUUUGAAUUUCUUCCAUUAUACUAUUGGCAUUGAUGUCGGAUUCUAAUCCCUGUUGACUCUGAUUGCUUACUUGAUU